UUUCGUUUGCUGCACAUCAGCUGUUGUGUGCGUGCAUCCCUCAUCUAUAAUUGAAUUUUAGACAGUGCAUUGAUUAUGAAUUUUUAAUUAAAAUGGAACCUGACUCUAGUACUCCUUUGCUUACACCUGAUGAAAGUCUAAACCGUGGAUUAAACACGGAAGACGAAGUUUCCAGUGAUUCUGGUAAUUCAACUGACAAUACACAUAGAAAGAAGCGUCGACAAAGGCUACCAUUUCAUUAUCCUCAUGUCCAUAAAAGUGCUCGUAUGCGAAGAGAAGCAGGCUCACGAGGCAUUGCUACUUAUCAUCGUUACAGAUAUUAUAAUAAACUUGCUGAUCCCACCAUAGACACUCUGAGUAUUCCUAAUCAUGUAGUGCCACAUACAUUUUUAUUUCCUUUAUCUUCAAUCCUAACUGGCAAACAAGGCAGCCUUGUCACCAUUUUUUCAAUUUGGAACACUAUGAUGGGAUCAUCAUUGUUAAGUAUGCCAUGGGCAAUUCAAGAGGCAGGUUUUGCUGCUGGCUUAAUCAUUUUAUUUGUCAUGGGUGGUCUUUGUUUCUACACUGCUUACAGAAUAGUUAGUUUGCGCAGCCUUGCAGACUUGCCUAGUUCUGCAGUGGAGUUCCCUGAUCUCUGUAGGCUUUUGCUUGGUCCUUGGGCUGAGUGGAUAGCAACAUUUUUUUCUCUCAUCCCUCUACUUGGAGGAGCUGUAGUUUAUUGGGUGCUCAUGUCCAAUUUCUUAUAUUUCAUUGGUGUUUAUUCUUAUGAAUCUUUCCACAUUGGUGUAAAUAAUAGUAAUGUGGAUAAUUCAAGUUUUCCUGAUGUUUAUUGCCCCACUACUAUUCCUGUGACUGAAACCUUGGUAUUACACCAUGGUGGAAAUAGUACCAGUGAUGCUUUUUACAAAUAUUGGAAUAUGGAUCUUCCUAUUCCCCUCUAUAUUGCACUUUUCUUCCUUCCCUUUGUGAGUUUAAAGUCACCUACAUUUUUCUCAAAACUGAAUGCAUUGGGUACAGUAGCUGUUAUUGUUUUAAUAUUAUUCAUCAUUGCAAAAGGUGUGAUAUGGGGCAUUAAUUUCAACACUAUUGACCCUUAUUCUAUAAAUUAUGUUCAGUUGUUUAAAUCUACAUUUCCUGUCCUUGUUGGAACAUUAUCACUUUCUUUCUUCAUACAUAACUGUGUUCUAUCAUUAAUGCGAAACCAGAAGAAACCUGAAAAUAAUCCUCGGGAUCUGGCUAUUGCUUAUGUUCUUGUUGGUACAACAUACUUAAUUGUUGGAGGUGUAUUUUUUGCUACAUUUCCAUUACAGAAGGAAUGUAUCGAAGAUAAUUUGCUGAAUAAUUUCAAGAGUAAUGAUAGUAUGGCUUUGGCAGCUAGAAUAUUUUUACUUUUUCAAGUGAUUUCAUUAUAUCCAUUGAUUGUCUAUAUAUUGCGUGUACAAAUAAUGCACUUCUUUUAUGGAACUACAUAUCCAAGCUGGAAGCCAGUGUUCAUUCUCAAUAUUUCUGUUAUAACAGUAUGCAUUCUUUUCAACAUCUUUUAUCCAAAAGUUGGCACUAUUAUAAGGUAUUGUGGUGCUGUAUCAGGAUUGGCCUUCAUUUUUACUCUCCCUUGUAUUACUUAUAUGAAAGCUCUUCAUGAGAAGAAGCAACUUUCUGUAUGGAAUGCAGCUAUCCACGUUUGCAUUAUGAUAUUAGGUGUAUGCAAUUUCAUCUCGCAAUUCUUAAUGCAUGGGAAAUAAAAGUUCUGUUUACAGUAGAACCUUCAUAAUCCAGGCUGUUUGGAACCAUAAUCAUUGAAAGUACAAAUUAAAUUUUAAUGAAUAAUUGAAAGUAGAAAUUAAAUUUUAAAUCUUUUUCUUUUAACAAAGUUUUCUAAUUUUGUUUAUAUGAAAUAUAAGUAAAUCUGCUAUUAUUAAUGCAUAUUAAAUUUUUUACCUAUGCUUUUAUUAUUUAUCAAACUACUUGCAUGCAUUUUUUAAAAAUAUUAAUUUGUUUUUUUAAGAGGAUUGCUGAUUUUUACUGUUACAUUAUUAAAUAAUCAUGCAUCUUCCCAAUGAUUAUUUAAUAAUGUUCUCCAAAAAAUUUUCCACCAUCCAAAAAUGCAAAACAUUUUGAAAUUUUUAUAGCAACAUUUUUUAAUUGAAUUUCUUCACAUCAUUAUUGAAUUGCUCAAUAGAAUUGUGUUUUUGUUUAUUUUCUAAAUAAGUUUUUGAGUUUUAAAAGAUCAUUUUUCGAAAACAAUUUUUGACAAUAUUUCACAUUUCAAAUUAACUUUAGUGGCAACAUUUCCCAAACCUGCAAAACCUUUGAGCCAUUAUUUUAAUUUAUGGAAAUACAUAAUUUAAUUUUUUGAUAUUGGCUAUUGUUAACAGAAAUUCCGGUUGACUGAGAGCCCAGAUAAUCAAGGUCCUACUGUAUUUUAAAUGUGAUUGUGUAGCAAAUAUGGAAGAAAAUAUGGAUUAAAGAAGUAUUUUAAGAUUUCAAACAAUUAUUACUUUCAUAAUACUUGUUAGAUUUUCGUAUCAUUUUUUAAAUAUCUAAAAUAAAAUGCACAUAGUAGUACAUUUCUUAUACUAAUAAAUGAAAAGUAAGAAUAUAUUAUACCUGGAAAUUGGUGUUCUUAUUGUUCUAAGCAUUUUUGAAUAAUAUUAAUCUUGUUGUUUGUGGUAAUGAGAUGAAAUCAGUCUUUGAAAAUUAUGUAGAAAGAAAGAAAGAAUUCAAAAGAAAAAUUUAAUGCAUUGUAUAAUCCUUUGAACGGCCAAGUUUUUCCUGCUUUUUGAGUAAGAUUCAAAAGCAAAUACUUAAUUUUUAUAUGUAUAUUUUCUUAAGUUCUAGAAGUGAAUUACUUUUAAAAUUUUUAAUCAAUUAAUAAAUAUAGACUUUAAAAGCUUAUUUUUCAGAUUAUCAAGCUUUUACAUAAAAAAAAAUUGGUUCUUAAAGAGUUAAGAAGGUUUUUUUUUUGUUUGUUUUGUUUUUCCUUAUUGCUUUCAAAUAAAAUGAGCUUUGUCUAUAAAGUUGUACAUUUUUUGAAAAAGAUAUCUAUAUAUAUAUGCAUGUAUUUUUUUUACAAGCAAUGUAAAUAGUUAGGCAAUAUUUUUUAAUUUAAAAAAAAAAUAGUAAGAAAGAUUUAAUAUUUACACUUUUUUAUUAUUUAUAUUAAAAUUGUAUCCUUUUGCAUUUAUGUGUCAUAUUGAUUUAAAAAAAUAACAAAUAUGGAAUUUUCAUGAAUAAGUACAAAUUAUUUUAUUUUUCAAGUUAACAAUUGUUUUAAUUACUACUUGUAUAUAUUUUUGUUAAAAUGUCUGAAUAUAAUUAGAGUUAAAUAUUGAAUAUUUUAUUACAAACUUAUGCGAAAGAGAUUUGAUUAAUGAAUAUAUUUGGUUCACAUAUUUCUCAUUAGUUUUUAAAAGUAGAUUGAAAUUAUUUUGUUUUGUGAACAUUAAUGCCACAAUAUUAAAUGUAAAUCAGUUUAUUUCUAAAAUGAUGUAUUAAUUUAUUUUUGUAAAACUGCCAAAUGAAAAAUAUUUUCUAAAUAUCUGUUACUUUUUAUUUAUAUUUAAAUUUUGUAUAUAUAUGUAUAUGUUUGUGUGAAUUAUGUUUUGAAAUUUUUUAAUAUGUAAUUGUGUAUUAUUUUUCUAACUUAUUUUUUACCUAUUAAGUACAGUAUCCAUUAUUAAAUGGUAUUUGUUUUGAUUUACUUUCGGUAAAAAAUCUGUAAAUCUCUUUUACUUUAACUCAAAACAGAUCUGAAAAUUUUUACUGUAGAAUUUAGAUAAAACUAAUAUUGUUGCAUAUUGCUCUUCUGAAUUAUAACCAACUCUUUUUUUUUCUUCUUUUUUUUAAAUUUAUAUAUUGUAUCUUGUAAUUGCUUAUAAACAAAACAAUUUAAACUUCUGUUACAGCAAUUCUUAAUAUAUUAUGUCAGAUUAUUUUUUUUCCAUCAUUUUCAUUCAAAUUUAAGAAAAUUAAACGUUUUUAAAUCCAAAAUAUUAUUCUAAAAUUUUUGUUUAUCAAACUGAUACAUUUGUUGAAAAGUAAUUUUGUCUUUAUUAUCUAUAAUCAAGAUUCUUUUUAAGAAUUUAAUUUUUUUUUUAAUUGAGUUGAAAUUAGCAAGAUAUAUUUUUUAAAAAUAUUUACAGUAUAGAGAAAUCUUUAUUUUUUAUAUGUUAGUCAUUUUAUUAAAUUGAAUUUCAAAAGUACUUUAAAAUUCGACAUUAUCCUAUUUAUAAAUAUUUAUAUUCAUGCAUUUAAAAAUAUAACUGAAAUUCAAUUAUUGAAAUUGACUACUAGUAAAAAAAGGAAAUUUUUCACAAAUCCAGAAUUAAAGCAGGAACUCCUAAGCAAUUGCAUUAAUUUUAAAUAAAGUUAAAUAAAACUUUAAAAUUCAACUUGUGUUAGUAAAUUAAAUUUUGCUACUUUUUUUUCCCCCUCUCCUUAAAAUUUUUGAAAAUUAAAUAAUGAACAUUCAUUUCAAUCUUUCUCAAUGCAUGCAUAUUGUAUCCCUGAAGUUGGAUAGUUUUAAUUGUUUAAGAGGUAAUGGAAGAUUAUGUCCUGAAUGUGGAAUUUUUUUGUUAUUAAUGUCAUUUUAUUGGAAAAUUAUCUUAUCUGGAAAAGAUAAAUUUUCCAACAAAAUCGUGAUAGAAAGUUGAAUUUACUGAAAUUGAUUUUCUAAUACAUUUAUUUUCAAUGAAUAAAGCAAAGUAAUGACUUUGCCUUCUUGUUAUAAUCUUCCUUCCCCCUGCAUUUCUUUGUAAAAAUAUAAAUGAAAAAUGUAAAAGUUGGAAAAUAUGAAAAUCAAUUUAAUGUUUUCUAAAUUCUUACAUUAAAUUCUGAUAUAUUCUUUUAAUCAUCACUGUUAUAUUUUCCUGACGAAUUUAAUUUAUGAAAUUUAUUGUUCAACUUUUUAAAAAAUUAUUAUUGGUGUAUUGAGUGUAAUAUUUUUAUGAUGUAAUUGGAAUAUUAAUGUUCAUGUAUUGAAUCAUAAAUGUUUGUAUCAUCUUACUUGGAUUUACUGUGUUAACCAUUACCUGUUUAACCAUUUGUCAUUUUAAUUUAAAAUCAAUUCAGCAAGGUAUGCCACAAAAUGUCAGAGGAGAGUUGUUUUGUAUAUAUGCUUAUAAAUGUUAUUUAUAAGAUCUGAUGUAUGCUAAUCUUAUAAUUUUAUUUUUAAAUUACUUUUUAACUCAAAAAUAAAUGUUUUUGCCAAAAUUGCUUCUAUACUUAUACUCUUUUACUAUUCUAAGCAAUGUUUCAAAUGGCAGCUUUAAAAUCCUCUUGCAUUACAGCUCUUAAUUUUUAAUGUUUUUGUAUUGUAUUUAAAAAAUAUGUACUUUUUUCCCUUGUAUAUUUAUAGUAUCACUUCAAAAUCAGUUUCUGAUUAUUAUUACUUUGAAAUUUUGAGAAAGGAAAUAUUUUUUUAUCUCAAAAGUAGAUGAAAAUUUUAAUGUGGUAUAUAUAUUUUAUAUGCCACAUAAAAUACUUUAUACAUUAAAAAUAUCAUAUAAAAAAUCAUUCAUAUCAUUAAAAAGUGUAUCAUUAAAAGGCUUAUGCUUUUGAUUCUUAAAUCUUAUGAAUUUCUUAUUUAUGCUUUUAAAACAAUAAAAAUUCAUCGAAAAUAAUUGUUGACAAAACUUUUUUAAUAAUGUAAUCACUUAUAAAUAUCUUAUUUAUUAAGUAUCUUACAUCAAUAGAGAAAAUAUGUAUUUUAACUUUGAAUUAUAACAAACAGUGAUAAAUUUGCACGCUUUGGUCUUUUUUCUUAGUUUUCUAUUUUGGAACAUAUUUUAUAAGAUUUAUAGAAUUGUACAUGUACAUAGUAUAUUUUAAAAGAGAAAUUUCCAUAAGACAUUAUUUGAGUACUGAGAUUUUCAGUGGAAAUGUUUGUACAAAGAAAUUAAGUCAGGAAAAUGAGAGAAAGUUAUAUAGUUAAUAAUAUAUUUAAAGACUAAGAAUGUAUGUUUAUAUGUCUUUUAAUUACUAAGUACUGCCAUUUUGCUUAUUCCUAUUUAAAGGUUCAUGUACAAAUUAUAAAAGUACUCUUUUGUUUGAUGAUCUUUUAAAUACUUUAUACUACAGUACAGAAAAUUACAUUCUUUUAUGUUUCAAUAAAUUGUGAUAUUAAGUUUGAUUUUUUUUUUCCCUCUCAGUAUAAAUAUUAGAAAGAAGUUAAUUUCUUUACGAAUUGAAUUUUGUCAUAGAACAGACAAUCUACAUAAAAACUUCUACAAUAAACUGGAUGCAUGUGUCUUUCCCGAGUAUUAUACCAAUUGUGUAUGUAAAAUUAUAGAAAGUGAUAUAUUUGUAAGAUGUAUUUUGAAUACUGAAAGAAUUCUCCUAUUUAUGGUAAGAGAAAUAUUGUGCUUAAAUAAAUUAUUUGAACUGG